AUGAUUAUUAUGAACCAUUGCUAUGCUAGCAUUAUUGACCCUUCUAGGGUCAAAAGUAUUUCAUGGAAGCCAAGAGCAUUCAUGUAUGAAGGUUUCUUGACCCAAGUAGAAUGCCAGCACUUGAUUUCCAUAGCAAAACCAAACCUCACAAGAUCCGCUGUUUCUGAUUUAGCCACUGGAAUGUCUCACCUUUCUGCUCAUAGAACAAGCCAUGGCAUGUUCAUUCCCAGGAACAAUGAUCCUAUUGUUGGUGGUAUUGAAGAAAAGAUUUCAGCAUGGACAUUCCUUCCAAAAGAAAAUGGAGAAGCCAUACAAGUAUUAAGAUAUGAAGGUGGUGAGGGGUAUGAAGCACACUUUGAUUUCUUUCAAGAUAAGUUUCAUAUUCAAGCAAAGUCUGGAAACAGAAUCGCCACAGUUCUCAUGUAUCUUAACGAUGUCAUCCAAGGGGGUGAAACACUUUUCCCUCUUGCUCAGGAUUAUCUAUUGCAUAAUGGAGCUUCUAAAACAAGUUAUAAUUACUCUACUGAAUGUGCCAAACGAGGAUUAGCAGUGAAACCAAGAAGAGGGGAUGCAAUUGUUUUCUUUGGAAUCCAUGUAAAUGGAAGUGUAGAUGGAAGGAGCCUCCAUGAAGCAUGCCCUGUGAUCAAAGGUCUGAAGUGGUCAGCUGUUAAGUGGAUUCGUAUGUAUCCAAUUCAUGCCAUCUGA